GCCAAGGCCAGACCCCAGCUCCCAGCUCCCCUCCUCCUCUCUCUGCCGCCCUCGUCUACUACCGCCAUGCUCAUCAACGCCGGCUUUGCCCUCACGGCCUUCCUCGCCCUCUCGGGUGCUGUCGAAGGUGCCCGCACCAAGAAGGGCGGCAAGUGGUCCAAGUACAUCAAGUCGCUCGACAAGUCGCUGGGCUCGGCCGAGAGCACCUCCCGUAUGUCCACCGAGGCCAAGGCUCUGUUCAAGGCCCACACCACCCAGCACAAGGACUCUACCUUCAAGGGUCUCGUCCAGAAGGUCAAGGACCACUCCAGCUCCGACAAGUUUGCUGCCAGCAUCGUCGCCAACGACCAGUCCGUCGAGAACAUUGCCAACCAGGUUUUUGGAAGCGAUGCCUCUGAUGUCCAUAUCGCCGCCGUCCGUGCCGCCAUGCUCCCCUCCUCGUGGGAUUCCCGCGACAAGAACUGGGUCUCCUCGAUCAAGGACCAGGGCCAGUGCGGCAGCUGCGUCGCCUUCUCCUCGGCCGCCACCGUCGAGAGCACCUUCCUCAGCCAGACCGGCAACAGCAUCGAGGUCUCAACCGCCGACAUCUUCUUCUGCCUUGCCGCUGGCCAGGCCCAGUGCAGCACUGGAUGGUACCCGCAUGCCGCAGCCGGGGCCAUCUCCCAGAACGGCGUCGUUGGAGCCGACUGCUUCCCUUACACUGCCGGCACCGGCCAGGACCAGCAGUGCAACGACGGCAACUGCCAGCGCACCGGCGGCAUCUCCCAGGCCUCGUUCGGCAGCGUCGACGAGAUCAAGCAGCAUAUCAUGACCUAUGGCGCCGUCUUCACCGCCUUCACUGUCUACAGCGACUUUAGCAACUGCUGCACCAACAACCAGGUGUACAUGCAGCGAUCCAACCAACAGGAGGGUGGCCACGCCGUCUCGAUCGUUGGCUGGGACGACAACCGACAGGCCUGGCUCUGCAAGAACUCCUGGACCACCUCCUGGGGUACCGACGGCUUCUUCUGGAUCGGCUACGGACAGGCCGGCAUCGGCUCCACCAGCGAGACCUUUGGCUUCACCGUCUCGGGCAACAGCCCCAACCCUCCUUCGCCCGGCCCUCCCUCGCCUCCUCCGGCCGCCGACUGCUCCAACGCUGAUCCCUACAGCAUCGUCUGCCUGGACUCGUCCGAGUUCUGGUACUGCGACCCCGCUGGCCCCAUGGAGUAUGCUUGUCCCAACGGCUCGACCUGCACCGGCGAUGUCAACAACCCUUGCCAGUAA